AUGGCUAUCAUGUUAGAAGACAUGCGAUGUCGAUCAGAUAGCAACACCAGCACCAGGUCCAGCAAGGCGUGUUUACGCCAGAGCCUGUUGCAGCUGCUCACAUGUGUGGAGGAUCUAAGCUCGGAAGACGAAGCCGCCGACGAGGUGACUCGCACCCUGGACGAAGCCUUUCAGCUCUGUGGAAGAUACAGCAGGGAGUUUUUCAGACUCCACAUAGUAACAUGGAAUGUUGGCACAGCUGAUCCACCCACUGAUGUAAGAUCAUUACUACAUCUUGAUUCUGACUCUGCUCCUGACAUUUACGUCAUAGGUUUGCAGGAGGUGAGAGCCACUCCACUGAAGUACAUCUCUGAUCUGAUAGCAGAGGAUUCAUGGAGUCACUUCUUCAUGGACACACUGGCACCGAGUGGUUUUGUAAAGGUGACUUCAGUACGGCUGCAGGGUCUGCUCUUGAUCAUAUUUGCUAAACAAGCCCACCUUCCUUUUAUCCGUGACAUCCAGACAGCAUACACCCGCACUGGAUUUUUUGGCUAUUGGGGGAAUAAAGGUGGCGUGUCGGUGCGUUUUUCCUUUUACGGUCACAUGCUUUGCUUCCUAAACUGCCACCUUGCAGCACAUAUGAACUACGCUGUGCAGCGUGUGAAUGAGUUUGAGUAUAUCGCUGGGUCACAAGAAUUUGACUUUGACAACACAGCGCAUGUUCUCGAUCACAAGGUGGUGUUCUGGUUUGGUGAUCUAAACUUUCGGAUUGCAGAUCAUGGCCUGCACUUUCUGCGCAACUCCAUCAACAGUGGUCGGUACGAUCUGCUGUGGGAAAAAGAUCAACUGCUGACGAUGAAGAAGAAGAAGCCAUUGUUGAUGGAGUUUGAGGAAGGACCUCUGCAGUUCAAACCCACCUACAAAUUUAGACGCUUCUCUGACACCUAUGACAUGAGCUCAGAGGAGACAUGGUUUGGCAUCAUUGGUAAGAAGCGAAGGCCAGCAUGGACUGAUCGAAUCCUGUGGAGGAUAAAACCCAAAAGCUCAGAGGAUGAAGAAGAGAGUGACAAAUCAUCAGAUGAUGAGGAACACUUCAGUAUAAAGGUGAAACAGGACAUAUACACCUGUGAUCCAUCACAUGGAAUAAGUGACCAUAAACCUGUCAUCGGAACCUUUAACCUGGAGAUGAAGAAGAAGGUGGAAACUCCUCUGGUGCAUGUGAACACCGUGGGCCAGUGGAGCGCAGACGAGAAUGCCGUGCUCAUCUACAGCAUCCAGGAGCAGUUUGAUGCCUGCACCGCUGACUGGAUCGGCCUUUACAAGACCAACUUCAAGUCCGCCUCUGAUUACAUUGCCUUUGUCUGGGUCAGGGAGGAUGAAAUGGCUGAAAUCGAUGAAGUAGUUCAGCUGAGCAUGAUGAAGGACGACCUCCCACUGCUUGCAGGAGAUUAUAUUUUGGGCUACUACAGCAGGAACAUGCAGUCCCUAGUGGGCCUUAGCCCUGUUUUUCAGAUAAUGGAGUCUAAACUGGCUCUUCUGGAGGGCUUGGUUCCUGAGAAAUUCAACGGACUACAGUCUCAGCAACAAAUGUCGUUUUGA